GUCAUGGUCCCGUUUUGAGCCGGGGUGUCGGAGACAGGGCGGGGCCUAGCUGGAGGGGCCGGGCGCGCGGGGGGCGGGGCCGGCCUUUGGCUCUUUCUUCCUCCGCAUGUGGCUGGCCCCAGCAGAGCGCUUGAGUUCGCGCACUCUUCGCUUCCUCAUCUCCUUUGGGCUCUCCGCGCCUCGUUGGAGUCAUGUCGGUCGCCCCGGCGGCAUCUUCCCUGCCCAACGGCGAGUGCGGCCGCCUCAGGGCGCCGGCAGGAGGGAACCGGGUGACGGUAGUGCUGGGCGCGCAGUGGGGCGAUGAAGGCAAAGGGAAGGUAGUGGAUCUGCUGGCGCAGGACGCGGACAUCGUGUGCCGCUGCCAGGGAGGAAAUAAUGCUGGUCAUACAGUUGUUGUAGAUUCUGUGGAAUAUGAUUUUCAUCUUCUACCCAGUGGAAUAAUUAAUCCAAAUGUUACUGCAUUCAUUGGAAACGGUGUGGUGAUUCACCUACCUGGAUUGUUUGAAGAAGCAGACAAAAACGUUCAAAAAGGAAAAGGACUAGAAGGCUGGGAAAAAAGGCUUAUUAUAUCUGACAGAGCUCAUAUUGUAUUUGAUUUUCAUCAAGCAGCUGAUGGUAUCCAAGAACAACAGAGACAAGAACAGGCAGGGAAAAACUUGGGUACCACAAAAAAGGGCAUUGGCCCAGUUUAUUCUUCCAAAGCUGCUCGGAGUGGACUUCGGAUGUGUGAUCUUGUUUCUGACUUUGAUGGCUUCUCUGAAAGGUUCAAAGUUCUAGCUAACCAGUACAAAUCUAUAUACCCUACUUUGGAAAUAGACAUUGAAGGUGAAUUACAAAAACUCAAGGGUUAUAUGGAAAGGAUUAAGCCAAUGGUGAAAGAUGGAGUUUAUUUCCUAUAUGAGGCUCUACAUGGACCACCAAAGAAAAUCUUGGUAGAAGGUGCAAAUGCAGCAUUAUUAGAUAUUGAUUUUGGGACCUACCCGUUCGUAACCUCCUCUAACUGUACUGUUGGAGGUGUCUGCACAGGCUUGGGUAUGCCCCCCCAGAAUGUUGGAGAAGUGUAUGGAGUUGUGAAAGCGUAUACCACUAGAGUUGGUAUUGGUGCCUUUCCAACAGAGCAAGACAAUGAAAUUGGAGAAUUACUGCAAACACGGGGUAGAGAAUAUGGUGUAACUACUGGAAGGAAGAGGAGAUGUGGCUGGCUGGACCUCGUCUCAGUCAGAUACGCUCAUAUGAUCAAUGGAUUCACUGCGUUGGCACUCACCAAGUUGGAUAUUUUGGACAUGUUUACAGAAAUCAAAGUUGGUGUUGCCUACACGUUAGGUGACGAAGUCAUACCUCAUUUCCCAGCAAACCAAGAAGUCUUAAAUAAAGUUGAAGUUCAGUAUAAGACUCUCCCAGGAUGGAACACAGACAUAUCAAAUGCACGGACCUUUAAAGAGCUGCCCAUUAAUGCACAAAAUUAUGUUCGAUUCAUUGAAGAUGAGCUUCAAAUUCCAGUGAAAUGGAUCGGUGUGGGUAAAUCCAGAGAAUCCAUGAUUCAGCUCUUUUAAGGAUUACCAGCAAAACAAGAAACACUCUAUGUGGGGGAAGGAAAAGACUUUGUUAAAUAUUUCUUUGUGACCUGCAAAUUCAGAAAUAAAACCAGUAAAUCGAGUCGGAGUCCUGCAGGCCUCCCGGGUUUGCGCUGGGCGGCUGCUGCGGGGCAGCCUGGGCUGCGCCCUGCUCGGCUUGGCUCCGGGGCCUUGUUGCCGGAUCAUUUCUUGCUCCUGCUGCUCAUGGUGCCAUGUUUCUUUCCGUGUUUAGUACAAGCAUAAUCUCUGUUGUUUGAAAUCUGAAGUAGUUUUUUUUUUUUAUGCAGUUUUCCUUCAUUAUUGUCAGUAUGUGUUUUAGUUUUUACCCCUGUUAUUAGAUAAGAAAACAAUGCAGUUUUGCACAAAUAUUUUUACAUUCUGAUCAAUUCUCAUUGUAAUCUUUGCUGUUAGAAAAAGAGUGAUGAAAAGAUAGGGGUUCUGAAAACUUUUGUAAUGCUAUAAAUUCUGUUUAAAUUUUUGGGAAUUGUUUAUUUUCUGCCAAGACCAUUACAAAAUGGAGCUUUGGGGCAGCGGAUGGGGCAGGGUAUACACUUAAUGGGUCCUUUAAUUUCAUAGAGCUUAUUCUGUAUAAAUUAUUUAAUACAUUAAACAUGUAACUAAAUGUUCAAAAAGAAAAACGGUCUCCUUAAUAAUCUUAAUGUUUAAAAAAUUAUUAAAAGAUCUGUUGUGAUAUUUGGUGGAUAUUUUUCUUUAGUUUGAGACAUGAACUGCAAUGUGUAUCUUCCCUUUUUAAAAUUUGUUUUGUACCAUUAUUUCUAAGUCUAAUGCAUUGUUCAACACUGUGCCUGCCAAUAUACCUACAAAAUCAACUAUCUAGAUGUCAGAGUCCAGAUGAACCCAAAUUGUUGGCCAUAAUUUUGAUCAUGCCUUCUUUUCUCCUUUCUUGAAAAAAAAAAAGUGUUAUUUUGACAAUUAGGCUUAACAUAUUGUGUUGUAGAUUGUUGUUUGUUGAACUAUUACAUGUUUAGGUGCCAUUUAAAUUUAUUUUGUUAUACCCUCAAUAGCUGAUUAAAAAGAACCAAAUAUUUCUAGUA